AUGGCUGAACAGACGCCGCCUGCGAACCCCGCCAAUGGGCCCCCAAGAAUCGAGGCCACCUCCCCCGCCGAAUUCCCCAAGCCCAACCGCAGCAACACGGUCGACACCACCGACGAUGUCUUCUUCGAGGCGGCAGAGGAGCCCGACGAGUCUCCGCGCAUGGAGCGCCUUACUCUUGCGAGGUCAACUGCAUCCUACAUGUCCAAGCUCUCAACCAACUCGGUCCCCCCUGCGGGGUCAAUUCUCACUGGCAAGCAAGAGCAUUAUCUGAAACGCGAGCUUGUUUCCCAACAGACCAGGUUCGAGAUCACCGAGCUGUCGUCACCCACCGCCCUCCAGAGAUUCGGUGCCCCCUUCAGAUCCGACGCCGGCGAGGUAUCCCCUAGAGACUCGGAGCUUCCGCUGCUGCGGUACAUGUUCGUGCACCAUGUCCGGAAUUUCCCGUUCCUCGACCAGGCCAGGGAGAAGGAGUUCUGGCAGGACAAGCUACAAGUGUUUCUCGAGUCGUUUGCGAACAAGCACAUUUCCGGGUCUGAGGAUCGGCUGGAGGAGACUAAGCGUAGGAAGCUUGCCGCAAAGGCUGAGAAGCUUGUGGAGCUCAUGAUGGUCUCGGGCAUACCCACUGCGUCCGGUUAUGAGGAGAGAAUACGCUUCUCCGAGAUGGAGGUAGUGGACAGGGGCGCGGACGAGAACGGACUGGUGGUCAACAAGCCUCAGGGCCACCCCAUCAAUGGUUGGGAUGUCAACGUUGCAGGAGUGCACACCAUCUCAGUCAAGCGGCACGUCCGCUACCAUACCCACGCCGAAUACAUUCUGCGCGUUCAACGACACGACCAUUCUGAGGUUUAUGUGGGGCGGAAGUGGUCCGAUUUUGUUGAUCUGCACAAGAGAAUCAGACUCGAGCUUCCCGGCAAGGUCCUUCCUCCACUUCCUAGACGAAACAAGAAGAAUUCAUAUCUCAGCGCCGGCGCCGACGACGAUGGAGAUACAGAUUCGCUCUCUUCCGUGUCUACCCAAGAUGUCCAAAAUGCUCCCUACGGCGGUGAUAAUGUAUCAGACAGUGGCGGCGGAAGUGGCGGCGGACUUCGGAGCUACCUUCCACUACCAGGAGCCAGCCACAGACGCAAUACUUCCAAAUCGUCUCUUUCGAGCUCACCUUCGCGCAGACCUUCGGGCGAGGGCUUUAUGUUCCAGCGACAACACGUCCUUUACAGAGAAGAGCAACGCGUGUCGCUCAGGGCAUUCCUCCGCACUUUCCUCAAGAACGAAACAAUCGCCAAUUCGAAAGCCAUGGCUGAGUUCCUGACCGGAAACGUUGUCACUCUGAACGAAGAAGAGAUGGAGGACAUUGAGCGCCGCAAAGAGAUGGACGAGAAGCGUGUAGAAGAGCAGAAGAAGUUCUACGAGAUCGCUCGCGCAAGGGCCGCAGAACUCGAUGUGCACAUGGAAAAGUUCAGGAGGGAGAUUGUUGAAGCAAACGGACUGUCGCAUUUGUUCCAAGAAAUUCGCGUAAAGAACAGGAUCUCAGAGCUCAAGCCAGAGUACCAGAAAUUUGCCGAAUGGUGCAGGAUAGAGGUUGCUGCCACAAUCUACCAUCUUUUCCUUGCCGAGGACAACUCCCCCGACCUGUUCGCUCAACUCAAGAGAAUCCACUCCAUGGUUCCCUACACCGUCAUGAAGAACGUCAUUCGCAUCGCCAACCCUGCUGCUGUUAUGAGCGGAGUGUUGGACCUGUUCUUAGCACAACCGUUCGGCUCACGGUCAUUGCUGCAGCGCAUUUUCGGCAUGGCCAUCAAUGAUGGAGUCAACGCCGUUCAAAAGACGAUCGAUAACUUGAGCUCCACGAAGAUCAAGGACCCCGUGCUUUGCGAGAAGAUCAGGGCUUUCACGAACUCGGACGAAGCGGUCAAAGGAAUCAUACGUCAACAAGCAGAAACGGAGCAGGUCGACAUCCUCGUUGCUAUUCUCCGAUCCGAUUUCUUCGAGCCGACUCUUUCUGAGGAGCAAAUCGGAGCUGUUUUCAACGCAUAUGUGGCGUGGAACAAUGCAGUGGAGAAUGUCGACGUGGAAAUGCGCCAAGGCGCGGAGCAAUUCGCGCAUCUCAAGCAGCUCUUGAAGCUCAGCCUACGGCAAAGAGAUAAGAAGAUGAUGCUCGAAAUCAUCGAAGAGCCGACGACGCUGCAACUUUUCCGCGAUCUGUUUACGAUCUUCUACGAGCCUCUCGUUAGAGUGUACAAGUCUGCGAACGUCUACAGCAGUAUCACAGACUUCGCCGUCUUCGUGGAUGAUAUUAUCCGUACGGUGGAAGCAGCCCAGCGCGCCGACAUCUCCGCCGAUCCCAACCAGACUGUGCAGGCGUUCAUCGACCUCUGCGCUAGGCACGAAGACAACCUCUACAAAUUCAUCCACGAGGUCCAUAUCCACGACAAUGGACUGUUCGACCAGCUCAUGGGUUGGAUCGAGGGCAUUCUAGAGUUUCUCAGAAAGGGGCCUCCUGGAGGUGGAAAGCUCGACAUGAAUGGACUGUUCCAAGCGGGUCUCGACUCCGGCAUGAUCGACAGACGAAUUGCCGUCCGAGAGAUCAAUUCCUUGAUCAAGUGGCAGACAGCUCGCAAGAAGUGGCAUUCAGACAAGACAAGGCAAAAGAUGGCACAGGGAGGCGACGACGGCGGAGAUAUGGUCGGCAUGGGUAUCGGAGGCUUCACGACCAGCGAUUUCGGCCUGCAUGCGGACGACCUUGUGGAUCUCAAUAUCGAGGACGAAGACGACGAUCCGGACUCGCUCGACGAGUCGGACGAUGACGCGGACCCGAUAGUUGCCGAGCGGCAUCGCCGACUCAGGAGGAGGGAACAGCUGAAGAGCACCGCAGGCGAACCGCAGAAGCCGCCAAUCACCGAGCUCAGAAAGCUGCACCCGUCGUUCCUCAGCAUGCUCCGCGACGUCCUUGCAGAGUAA